AUGGAACAACAUUUGAAGCUCACUAAAAACGAUGACAGUCCUGAGGUUGACGCUUCACAAUAUCGAAGGUUAGUUGGGAGACUAUUGUAUCUUACUGUGACGAGACUAGACAUAUCCUUUAGUGUAAAUCAGCUUAGUCAAUUUUUAAGCAAUCCUCGACAGUCUCAUAUGAAUGCUGCCAUGAGAGUUUUGCGUUACUUGAAGUCUACUCCUGGACAAGGUUUAUUGUUACCUUCGUCUGGAAGUUUGACUCUUGAAGCCUAUUGUGACGCCAGUUGGAUGAGUUGUCCCACUACUAGGCGUUCAUGUACAGGUUACUACAUCAGUCUCGGAGGUGCUCCAGUUUCAUGGAGAACAAAGAAGCAAAGUGUGGUGUCUAGUUCUUCUGCUGAAGCGGAAUAUAGAGCCAUUGCUACUACCGUCUGUGAAGUUUUAUGGUUAAGAUGGUUACUUCUUGACUUGGAUACAGUUCAAAGUGAAGCUACUCCCCUUAUGUGUGAUAAUGAAGCAGCAAGACACAUAGUUGCUAACCCCGUUUAUCAUGAAAGGACUAAGCAUGUUGAGAUGGAUUGCUAUUUCGUCCGUGAACGGGUCAAUAGUGGAGAAAUAAAGACUUAUGCUAUUAGUUCAGAGUUACAACCAACAAAUAUUUUUACAAAGGCCCUUGGUGCAAAACGUUUUCAAAGUUUACGUAGCAAGUUGGGUGUUUGA